GGCAGGCCAGAGUCAGAGGCCAGCUCGGCGAGAACCCCAGAGCACCAGCCUCUCCCUGCCUGGGAAACUGGAAGUGGAGCUGGGGAGGAGGAGCAGGUGAAAAGGAUGGGCAGCAAGGAAGAUGUGGUCAAGGGAUGUCCGGCGGCCGGUGGCGUCUCCAGCUUCACCAUCCAGUCCAUCCUGGGCGGGGGCCCUUCCGAGGCACCGCGGGAGCCCGCCGGCUGGCCGGCCAGGAAGCGCAGCCUGUCGGUGUCCUCCGAGGAGGAGGAGCCGGACGAAGGCUGGAAGGCGCCCGCCUGCUUCUGCCCAGACCCGCACGGCCCCAAGGAGCCAGGCCCCAAGCACCAUCCCCCCAUCCCUUUUCCUUGCCUGGGUACCCCCAAAAACAGCGGAGGCGCGGGGCCCGCGGGCUCGGAGCGCACGCCUUUCCUUUCUCCUCACUCGGACUUUAAGGAAGAGAAAGAGCGGCUCUUGCCGGCCGGAUCGCCCUCUCCAGGCCCAGAGCGGCCGAGGGACGGCGGUGCAGAGAGGCAGGCGGGCGCGGCCAAGAAGAAGACGCGCACGGUCUUCUCGCGCAGCCAGGUGUACCAGCUGGAGUCCACCUUCGACAUGAAGCGCUACCUAAGCAGCUCGGAGCGCGCCUGCCUCGCGUCCAGCCUGCAGCUCACCGAGACCCAGGUCAAGACUUGGUUCCAGAACCGCCGCAACAAGUGGAAGCGGCAGCUCUCGGCCGAGCUGGAGGCAGCCAACAUGGCGCACGCGUCCGCGCAGACUCUGGUGGGCAUGCCGCUGGUGUUUCGGGACAGCUCGCUGCUGCGCGUGCCGGUGCCGCGCUCCCUCGCCUUCCCCGCGCCGCUCUACUACCCCAGCAGCAACCUCUCGGCCUUACCGCUUUACAACCUCUAUAACAAGCUCGACUACUGAGCCACCCGCCCGCUCCGCGCGCCCCGGCCGCCGACAGCUGCCGGCAGCUUCCCAGGGCUCCGGAGCAGAGCGGAGCGUCGCUAGAAAUAUUAAGAAAUACACCAUGUGUAUUCAUUA